AUGUGGAAGAAUUCCCUUGAUGUUGUUGUGAACUCUUAUUCCCAAAACCAUAUUGAUGUCGAAGUGAGUACUAUGCAACAUGGAAAGUGGCGUUUCUCGGGUAUUUAUGGUUUUCCGGAGGAAGAAAACAAGUUCAAAACAGGUUUUCUCCUCAAGAAUUUGUGGAAUGGGCAGGGAAACUCGUGGCUGCUAGGAGGUGAUUUUAACCUCUUGAUGCAGUCAAAUGAAAAACAAGGUGGGCGUGCCUUUUUUAAUGAGGAGGCUGACAUCUUUCGGGAGGCUAUUGAUCAUUGUCACCUUGAGGACUUGGGAUACAUUGGGCAUGGUUUCACGUGGUCGAACAAUAGAGGAGGCAAGGAAAACAUCCAAGAACGUCUGGACAUGUUCUUAGCAAAUCGUGAGUGGAGAGAGUGUUUCCCGGGCUCUUUUGUUACCCACCUUACAAAAAGAAAAUCGGAUCAUCUACCGAUUUUAUUGUGCAUCAAAGAAGCUUUAAACACCCCGAAGAAGAGGAAAAAGAAGAAAUUAUAUAGAUUCAAGGAAAUGUGGUUGCGGGAUGAGAAUUGUAGUACUAUCAUCUCUGAGGCGUGGGAGAGAGGAGGGGAUUUAUGCUCAAAAAUUGCUUUCACAUCGUCGAAAUUGAGCUCUUGGAGUAAGGAAAAAUUUGGAGACUUUAUGAAAGAGUUGCAAGAUUGUAAGGGGCAAAUGGAGAAACUUAUGGGAGAGUGCCAAACGGAGCAGGUGAUCGAUCAAAUGAGUGCCAUUGAUGAUCGUAUGGAUAAGUUAGAAAGGAGGAAGGAGAUGUAUUGGAAGCAACUUCAGAUCACUGAAGUUCUGGUGAAUUAUUUUGAGACCCUUUUUGCUGGAAAUAGUGAGAUUGAGCCAGAUUCAAUCAUUGAGAAGGUGGAGCCAAUGGUUAGCGAGAGACAUCAUAGUAGUCUGGCGGCUCCCUUUUGCGUCGAGGAAGUGAAGAAUGUGUUGUUUCAAAUGCAUCCAACGAAGGCCCCUGGCCCCGAUGGUAUGUCUACUAUUUUUUUCCAGAAUUAUUGGGAUAUUGUGGGAGCGGAUGUGACUGAUAAAGUACUUGAUAUUUUGAAUAAUAAUGGUGAUAUAGAGUUCGAUGUUCUGGUCAAUGGGCAACCUUUGAGGAAUUUUAAGCCUACCCGGGGGAUUAGGCAAGGUGAUCCUCUUUCACCUUUCCUGUUCAUUAUGUGUGCGGAAGGUUUGUCGACGUUGAUUCGUGAUGCUGAGAGUAGGAACGUCAUCCAUGGGGUCAAAAUUGGGAGAAAUGUCAAUCCGAUUUCUCAUUUAUUUUUUGCGGAUUAUAGUAUUCUUUUUGUGAGAGCAACGGAGGAAAAGGUGGAUGCUGUGCUCGGCAUCCUUUCUAUGUACGAAGUGGCUUCGGGCCAGAAAUUGAAUAUGGAUAAAUCAGAGGUGUCUUUUAGCCGAAACAUUGAGCAAGAACGAAAGAAUAUGCUUCAGAUGAAGUUAAGUUUUAAGGCUGUCGAAGGACAUGAUAAAUAUCUAGGACUACCAACUUACAUUAGUGGGUCUAAGAAACAAUGUUUUGCUAUUCCCACUAGCAUUAUUACUGUUAUUGAAAAAUUAUGCCGACAAUUUUUUUGGGGUCAGAAACGGGAAGAGAGGAAGCUAUGUUGGAUUGCUUGGGAGAAGUUGCAAAUCUCAAAAAAGGAAGGGGGGCUUGGGUUCAGAAAUAUGAGGAAUUUUAUUAAUGCUCUUCUUGCUAAGAAGGCUUGGAGAAUCCUUACUAAAGGGGAUUCUUUAGUGGAAAAAGUUCUUAAGGGAAAAUAUUUCCCUCAUACGUCACUAUUGGAGGCAAAGGUGAGUUCGAACGCAAGUUAUACUUGGAGAUCAAUUCUUGGUGCUCGUGAAGUGCUCGUUAAGGGUCUUCGGAAGGCUGUUGGAACUAGUUCGACCAUUCACAUUUGGGAUGAUCCUUGGGUUCCAAACCUCCCAAGUUUCAAGGUGAUGUCGAGCCGUGGAUUGGAUGAAGGUACUCCUACUUAUGUCCGAGAGCUUUGGGUUGAUAAUUCUUGGGAUAUUAAAGCUCUUAAUGUGUUGUUUACUUCUAUGGAAGUGAGUGAAAUUUGUAAACUCCCUAUUUCCCUCUCCAACCGAAAUGACUCGUGGGUUUGGCACUACACAAAGGAUGGGAUUUUCUCUGUUAAAAGUGUGUACCAUCUGAUCACCAUGGACCAACAAAAUGUAGCAUCAUCUACCUCGAAUGUGGGGAGUAAUUUUGAGUGGCACACUGUCUGCAAUGCAGGGGUACCUUCGAAGAUAAAAAAUUUUGCCUGGCGUGCUAUUAAAGGGGUUGUGGCCUCUCGCUAUAACAUGGUGAAACGAGGUAUGAAUGUUGACUCUAUAUGUCCAAUGUGUGGUCUUGAAAUUGAGAGUGAGCUGCAUAUGUUUGUCAAGUGUGCUGACGAUAAGCGUAUGUGGUAUCUUUCACCACUACGUUUGGAUGUUGAUAAUUAUGAAGGAGAGUCUUUCGGGGAAUGGUGUUGCUCGGUUAGACAUCACCGUAAGGAUGCUCUUUGGUGGGAUUUAUUCUGGAGUGUUUUAUGA